AUGAAUAUUACUGCAAGCUCAAUUAUACAUAUCACAAACUAUACAGUGUUUACAACAAACAAUUACACAAUAGAAGAUUUUCACCACCAGCUUCCCGCCAAGAAAAUUUUACUCGGCCUGGUCUUAGCCUUUUUAUCUUUACUCACUGUCAUUAUGAAUGUUUUGGUGUUAUAUGCAGUAAAAAGUGAGAGAAAAUUGCACACUGUUGCAAACAUGUACAUAGUUAGUCUAUCUGCCGCAGAUCUCAUCGUUGGCUUGGUAGUCAUGCCCCUUAAUAUUGUAUACCUAUUAGAAAAUGAAUGGAAACUAGGAAGAGUGAUUUGCCAGUUUUGGCUUUCUGUGGAUUAUAUGGCUAGCACAGCUUCAAUUUUUAGUCUUUUUAUCCUAUGUGUGGAUCGUUACCGCUCAGUUCAGCAACCCUUGCGAUAUCUGAAGGAUCGAACCAAAACCAAAGCAGCAGCAAUGAUUGCAGGAGCCUGGCUUCUUUCACUGACUUGGAUCAUCCCCAUCUUAGCAUGGCACGUCUUUGCAAAUGGAGGUAUCAGGACUGUUCCAAACAAUACAUGUGACACUGAAUUUCGUUAUGUUACCUGGUUCAAAAUUCUUACUGCAGUUCUGAACUUUUAUGGCCCAUUUUUACUGAUGUUGUGGUAUUAUUCAAAAAUCUACACGGUUGUAAAAAAACACUGCCAGCAACAAGAUCUUAUAGGGGGUGAUAUCUUCUCAACCAUAGAGAGAAAAAAGUUCAAAGAGAAUAUGAAACUAUCCUGGCACAAACAUGAAAUACAUCUGAACCAGCAAGGUGAAAACUCACAAGAAGGCACAGAUGCAGGAAUCAUAGAUUCAAGCAAACUUUCACAGUGUCGGUUUAACUGUUCUGACUUAAAACAAAUCAAAACGCUUGAUACUGAAAAUAACCAAGACAUUGGUGACUUUUCAAUUUCAGCAGCAGCGCAACAAAUUCCAACAAGACUUUACCAUACGUCACUGAGAGACAAUAAAUCACAAAAUCAGAACAUGGAACUGAACUACAGAUCAAAUUAUACUGUGAACUCGAGGGAAAAUUUAACCCUGGAUAAUCCUGCUGCAACAGCUAAACUAAAGUGCUUUCCUGUAUGUGGUCGCUUCAGACAAAAAAGCAGUAAGACUCAACAAACAAGUGUGAUGACAAAAGAAGGUAACAAGAUUGUAGAUGAUUCAGAUAUCUCUGAUUCACAAACAUUCAAUACGAUGCUGCUCCAGAUUGCUUCCCUGUCUUGUCCACAUCCAGAAUCAACAUCUUGGGAUAAUGAAUCAGAAGAAACUAUAAGAACUGAUGGUACUAAUCAAUUGAAACUACCAUGGCAAAAGUUUUUCUCACGGUCUGUGCAGUACAUGCAACAGAUUCUCAUUGUAAAAGAAAAAAAAGCUGUCAAACAGUUGGGUUUUAUAAUGACAGGGUUCAUGGUGUGCUGGAUCCCCUACUUUGUGAUCUUUACAGUCAUGGCUUUCUGUGAUAAUUGUGUCAAUCACAAUAUACAUAUGUUCACAAUAUGGUUGGGUUACAUUAAUUCAACGCUGAACCCAUUCAUCUACCCUCUGUGUAACAAGAGCUUUAAGAGAACUUUCAAAACCAUUCUUCAUAUUCAAACUUAA